AACCGAAGCACUAUAUAAACCAAUCAUCGCCGUCUCCUUCUGCCCUAAAUCUCUAAACCACCACCUGAAAAGUAAGAAAAUGGCGUCUCGUUGUCUCUGUUUCUCCAUUAUCUUCAUCUCUCUCUUCUUCUCUGCAAUGGCGGCUGAUAAUUAUGCCGACAAAUGCGUUUACACAUUCUACGUGAAGACAGGUUCAAUUCUGAAGGGCGGAACGGACUCCAAAAUCAGCGUGACAAUCAGCGAUGCAAGGGGCCAAUCGGUGGAGAUUUUGGAUCUAGAAGCGUGGGGGCUGAUGGAACAAGGCCACGACUAUUUCGAACGGGACAAGGUCGACAUAUUCAGUGGAAGGGGUGCGUGUGUCGAAGCGCCGAUGUGUCGACUGAACCUAACCUCCGACGGAUCGGGCUCGCACCACGGGUGGUACUGCGACUAUCUGGAGGUGACGUCGACGGGGCCGCACAGGGCAUGCUCCCAUAUGAAUAACGGAAGGCUGGUGGUGUCCAGUUCUAAAAGAUCUGCUUCCUGGUAG